GGCUGGCCAAGCUGGUGGAGCUCCUCCGCGAGGCUGGCGAUGCCGCUGGCGCGGCAGCCUACGAGGCCAAGCUGGCCGACCUUCGCGCCAAGCUGGCCGCCUCGGAGGAGGACUCCAUCGAGGGCGCGCGCCAGCAGCAGGGCGAGGCGGAUAAUGCCCUUCGCUGCGCCAUCGCCCGCCGCGCGCGGCUCGCCCGCCUGGUGGAGGAGCCAGCUGGCAACGUGGACCGCUGCGAGCUCGAGCUGGAUGCCUGCCGCAAGCGCUACCAGGAGGCGGCCCGCAAGCUCCACAACGCUGUGGACCUCGAGGACGUCGACAUCAUGGAGAGCGAUCGCCUCGAGGUGCAGCAGCGCGCGCAGGCCUUGCGGGACCGCGACCGCCGCGCCGCGGCCGAAGCCUUCGGUCCGAGCAAGGCGGCUGAGGAGCUCAAGGUGGAGCAGCUUGCCCUCGAUCAGCGACUGGCGAAG